UGUGAUAGAAAGAGAAACAGCGUUGUGAAACUACAAACAGCUGCAAAAACCGUUGGCAUUUGACUUCAGCAUAUUUACUUUCGCGUUAAUACUUGCAACGACAUCUGUAAGCAUAAAGUGGAACUAGAUGUGGACUUAAGUUGGCUUCAAUUCUGAAGAGGAGUGCGACAUCUACCAUUUAAACGUUGAAGAAUAUUUUAAAAGAUGAAUGCGAAUCGUUUCAGUUUCGAGUUGGAUGGCCUGGCAGUCGCUGCCGCCGAAAUUAUGCCGCUGGCCACGUUGAAACGAAGUUCGGUGCAAUUGCAAAAAGCUGCGAAAGUUGUAAACGAACAAAUUGGUAAUCGGCAAUUGUUACUAUUCUUCUCAAUUACUGGAUUCAUCCUUGCUGGAGUCAUUGAACAAUCUGCAUCAGUUACGCUCCGAGCAAAUAGCACAUCUCCGUAUUCCUCGGCUGAAUUUGCUGAAUAUGUGGAGAAUACCAGUUAUAUAACAAGGUAUUGCCAGCCGCCGGUACCAGAUGAGAAAAAGAAUACUGUUCAUGUGGUGAGGUCCAUUCCACAUAUAGAGAUACCUAUGACAAAAACAGACCGAACAGAAUCCGUCCUAAGAGAAGCUUACAUGUGGGGAACCUUAAUCUCACCCUUAGCAGCAAGCCGAAUUGCUGCAAGAGUUGGAGCAGAAAGACUUUUUGGAGCUGGUGUUCUGGGAGCUGGUGUUAGCGCCUUAUUGGUACCAGCUGCCUGGUUAACACCUUAUCAUGUUGCGAUUAGGAUUCUUCAAGGGGUUUUCAUGGGAGCAAUGUGGCCAGCAGCACAUAUGAUAGCUGUCACUUGGUUCAAACCAAAACAUCUAAGUGGAUUUGUUUCAACUUACACCGCUGUUAAUUUAGGUUAUGCAGUUGUGGGUCUCUUGGGAACUCCUCUAGUGCGUCAUUUAGGCAGAGAUUGGUUAAGUUACAUCAUAACCUUGAUUGCAAUCAUCUGGUACUUCUUAUGGUGGAAAUUUGUUGAGGAAACCUUAAACCCAAAUAGACCUAUAAGAGAUGAACAUCGUUUAUUGCCAUGGAGGCAGUUAUUGCUAUCAAAACCCGCAUGGGCUUGUGGUAUCGCUGUUAUGGGUAGUCAAUGGGCUGACGCAACUCUUAUGCUUGGAGUAACCAAAUACUUGAAACUAGUCUACGGGUUUUCGAUUGCUUACGAAGAUGUUUUGAAUUCUCUGCCACAUAUCGGUCAUUUUAUUGCAGCUUUAACAUUCGGAAUCGUUGUUGAUCACGUUCGGGAAUCUGGUAUAGUUUCAACAACGACGGCAAGAAAGUUAUUUGUUUACAUAUCGCACUUCUUACCGGCUGCGCUAAUGUUUGUUUUGGGUUACACGGGGUGUGAUCCUGCGGCACCUGCCGCCCUUUACACGGCCUCUUUGGCGCUAACUGGAGCAACGCCGGCUGGCGCUUUUGCGAGUGCUGCAGACAUUGCGCCGAAUUUUGCAGGAACUGUUUUUGGAUUGUGUCAAACUGUAGGCGCUGCAGGAUUAUUAGGAGCAAACUAUGUAGUUUCAGAAGGACUUCAUGGAUCAUUUGCGGGUUGGUGGCGUCUUGUUUUCGGAGCAUGUUCAGCUGUUUUAUUGAUUACUGCCACCGUAUUCAUGGGUAUGGGCAGCGGAAGCAUCCAAGAUUGGAACGCUGAAUGUGACUUUGAAGUAGAAAAAGAAAUCGUCGAGGAAGCAUCUAGAUUAGAAUCAGUUUUAGAAUAAGAAUCCUACAAUACCAAAUUAUUGAUAAAACAUUUCUCAAAAUGUUUUAAACGAAAGUAUUUUUAUAGACCUGUUCAUAUUUAUUGUGUAAUAAAUUUGAUAUCAUUUAAAUAUAUAUAUACCAACAUUCAAAA